UGGCCAAUGGAGAGUGCCCCGAGGAGGAGGGGGCUCUGAUUCCACAAGUGCUGGGCCAGCCGCUGUCAGGCGCGGGCAGCAGCAAGAUGACGGGCGCGCAGAGCAGACCCGCAGCUCCACGAACGCGGCUUCGUCCGGCCUGAGCGAGGGCUGGGGAUUCCGAAGCCUCUGCAGCCCGGACGCUCGGGAAGCCUGGAUCCCUCCCGCUGAGCGUGCGGUCCCCGCUGGCUCGCUGCCCGCCUCGCCCUCCAGCGCCCUCUAGCGCCCACAGCGCCCCUCCGGCUCUUGCGGACGCAGCGCGCGCCAUGAGGUCCACCGGCUCCCCCGUGGUCAAGGCCCUCCGCGGCCCCGUCUCCGACUACGCCAAUUAUGACACCAUCAUCCGGCAUUACAACUACACGGGAAAGCUGAAACCGGGCCUGGGCACGGAGGAGGUCGGCCUCAAAGUGACCUCGGUGGUGUUCAUUCUCAUCUGCUGCUUCAUCAUCGUGGAGAACAUCUUCGUCUUGCUGACCAUCUGGAAAACCAAGAAAUUCCACCGGCCCAUGUACUAUUUCAUUGGCAACCUGGCCCUCUCAGACCUGCUGGCGGGCGUGGCCUACGCGAUCAACCUGCUCUUCUCCGGGGCCAACACCUACAAGCUCACGCCCGUGCAGUGGUUCCUGCGCGAAGGGAGCAUGUUCGUGGCGCUGUCGGCCUCCGUGUUCAGCCUGCUGGCCAUCGCCAUCGAGCGCUACAUCACCAUGCUGAAGAUGAAGCUGCACAACGAGAGCAACAGCUGCCGCUCCUUCCUGCUCAUCAGCGCCUGCUGGGUCAUCUCGCUGGUGCUCGGCGGCCUGCCGCUCAUGGGCUGGAACUGCGUGGGCGCGCUGCCCGGCUGCUCCACCGUGCUGCCGCUCUACCACAAGCACUAUAUCCUCUUCUGCACCACGGUCUUCACCGUGCUCCUGCUCUCCAUCGUCAUCCUCUACUGCAGGAUCUACUCCCUGGUCAGGACUCGCAGCCGCCGGCUCACCUUCCGCAAGAACGCGUCCAAGACCAGCCGCAGCUCGGAGAAGUCGCUGGCGCUGCUCAAGACGGUGAUCAUCGUGCUGAGCGCCUUCAUCGCCUGCUGGGCGCCGCUCUUCAUCCUGCUCCUGCUGGACGUGGGCUGCAAGGUGAGCACCUGCGACAUCCUCUUCAAGGCAGAGUACUUCCUGGUGCUGGCCGUGCUCAACUCGGGCACCAACCCCAUCAUUUACACCCUGACCAACAAGGAGAUGCGCCGGGCCUUCAUCCGCAUCCUGUCCUGCUGCAAGUGCCCCCGCGGAGACGCCGCGGGCAAGUUCAAGCGCCCCAUCAUCGCGGGCGUGGAGUUCAGCCGCAGCAAGUCGGACAACUCAUCCCACCCCCAGAAGGACGAUGGGGACAACCCAGAAACCAUAAUGUCCUCCGGGAACGUCAACUCUUCCUCCUAAAGCUGGAAGCUGCCGACCCCUGGGGAGUGUUUGUGCACGAUCGCCCACCGCCCAGUGUUUGGAAAACGUCGCUGUGCCUCAGAGCUGCCAGGGGAGAGGGAGGCGCGCCCGCGGCGGGCGGGGGCCCGGGGGCAGUCAGCCCUGUGAACAAUGCGCUGGGGAAGGGCGGAGCGCGGGUCUGAGCCUGGAGCCUGUUUCCUUCCCCCAGAGCCUUGAUUUUGCGCCGAGCCAAAGGUCUAGCAUUGUCAAGCUCCUCAAGGGCUCCCUGGGCCCUCCUCCAAGACCAAGGGCCCCCUGAGAAAGUGUCCCCGUCUGGAGGGGCGUGGCCCGGCCGCGGCUCCGUGGCCCGUGGCUGACGGGCGGAGCGCGCGCACGAGGCAGACUGGCAGGGGAGAUGGCUGGACGCGUCUGGCAGUUGCAUUUGCUGAGGCCAAAGUUUCCACGAGACCUGGAUCCAGUUUUUGGAAUUUGGUUGUAGUCACUUUGAUUUUCUUCCUUUUUUUUUUUUUUUUUUCUUUUUGACCUCUUUGCAAUGGAAUGCGUUACAGCAUCCUGCCAUUGUGGCUGACAUCUGCGGAGGGAAGCCCGGCUUGUCUCAGCGGCCUCAGCCAGGACCUUCAGCAAAGGCACAAGGCACAGAGAAAGGGGACUGGGGGUGGGCUUCGUGAGCCAAGAAGGGUUUCCUAACGAAUUCGUCUAACGCAAACAACACCUGUCUUUGGCACUUUUGUGGAUGUUUGUUUCAGAGCGUUGUGUGAAUCAUUGGGAUGGUUGUAUUUUGUUGUGUUGCAAGUUUUUUUUUUCAUGAUUUUUGAAUGUAUUUGUUUCAGCAUUUUAUUGGAGUUUUCUAACCUGUGUUAACACCAUUGAAUGUGUAUUUUUAAAGAAAGUAUCACCCUCUUUGUGCCCUUAAAGCAUUACUUUAACUGAUAGGGAACACCUGGAGUUUUUCAGUUGAUGAAAUAGUUCAUGGAACUUGAGUGUAAAUGUUACAAAGAAUAAAAAUACAUUGCUGUGUCUAGUAUGGUUUUCAGUGCAAUUAAACCAAGAAAUGUCUUUUUUUAAAAAAAAAAACCAGUAUUUAAUAGGUUUCUGACUUCUGUGGAUCAUUUUGCACAUAGCUUUAUCAACUUUUA